AUGGCUGCUCCCCGGACUCUACCAUUUGUCAAGUCUCGCAAAUACUCGGAGAGACAGGGCACCAAGAAAAGAACCAUCAAACCACCCCCGCCACUCAAGCUGGAAGCAGACCAGAUUCGUGCGCAAGUGUUCAAGGAUCUGAGUCAGAGAGGCGCCCUACCAAAAGCGGUUCGGGGCCGUCUGACAGCCUCCCCGAAGCCAACGAACAGACCGCACAAAGACAAGCGGUUGAGUGAAAUACAAGAAGUCCCAAUCAAGAUGGAAGUACCUAUCGCACAGGCCGAGCAGAAAACCGUGGAGAUCGCAGAGCAAUGCCCGAUGGACGAUCAUCCGGUACCUUCAGAGCAAAUAAAGACAACGGACACGCCGAGUCGACGUCCGAGUCAGCGAACUCGAACGGUGAACUUUCAACCUCAUCAAUCUCGCUCACCCUCGCCAGAUUUCUCCAAAGUGUCGAAAACCGCCCGGCCGCUUUCCCGGCAAGACUCGCUCCGAACGAUUUUGGUGCUCGACUCGCCUGGAUCGUCCGAGGCGGACGGGCCAGACAUCUCGCCCUUAUCCGAAACCUUCCCCAUCGCCAGAUCGAAAUCGGGCAAGGUCCUGCGUCGAUUUUUCCCAGAACUCUCCAACAACUUUGGACUCGUGUCACCCAUGAGUUCUGACGUCUCGAUCAGUCAACCGGGGUCUCAAUUAGCCGAAUAUUGUCCGUUGGCCUUUGAGUCCGAAUUGGAGGAUCGAGUGCAAACACUGUACAAGGACUCGAUGGAUGCUGAUGACGGCUCGUCUAGUCAAGAUGACUCCUCGUCGGGGCAUCGGACAGAAUCGUCCUUGGCUUCGGAAGAGCCCUGCGACGACGUCUCGUCGUGUUAUAGCCGUCGCACCUCUAUCACGAGCGUCGAGUCGGACAUUUCCCUCUCGGUCAGGAGGUUUGACGCAUAUUCCAUACUCUCUCCAUCAGCGCUGGGUGUCUUUGAUGACUAUGCAUCGCCGGUCAAAUCUCGUCGGACGUCUGCAAAUGCACGGUUCUCAAACUUGGGACCGGGCGCGACGAGUUUAGUCCGUCGUGCAUCCACCGGCUCCGGUCUGUCCUUGUAUGAUGUGAAGAACAAACCGCUUCCGCUGGAGCCGGUCGAGGAGCCCAGUCCACUCGAGGUACGCCGUCCUGCUCGUCCUAUUCGACCGGCAACACGACCCUCUUCCCCGGCUCCCAUCGCUCUCCAUCACGAUAGACAUGCAUCAUUCGCACCUUUGGAUCACAAGCACUCUCAGUCUGAGGAUCAGCAAUGGGGAAGACGGGAUGAGGCUCGCGAUAAACGAUCAACAGCCUCUCACGUCAAUCAAAGCUCCCUCAAGGAGGAGACCACGGAUCGGCCGAGUACACGACCGAGCCUCACGAUGGAUAGGGCGGCCGAGGAACUGGAAGAUGCGCUGGCUGACCUGGCCGACUUGACCCAGAGUCCUCCCCCGCAGCAACAGAAAUUCCUCGUGCUCGAGGGACCCCUACAAAUCAGUCGUCACCAGGGAGAUCUCAUUGCGACACGACCGGCGCCUCUACCGCCGACGACCCGGCCACACUCUCAGGCUCCGUCAUCCAACCCGUUCAAAAAGAGCAAGAGCCUUCACUUCAAGACCACCAAGCCGGUCGAUACAACGACACAAUCUAGCACGAGCAUGCUGCGGCCCUUUCGGUCAGCCAAGGAGAGACGAUCCAGGCGCGAGGCAGAAAAUAAACACGCUGCCCCUCAAGAGCUGGCUGGCGCGAAAGAAGCCACGCCUGCCCUCUCUGGCGUGCGCAGGGACUCGAACGUGAAAGAUAAUUUGAACGAAAAGACCUCCUCCGUGGCUGAACUGCCGUCGUCCGCCCGCGAAGAGCCCAGUAAGUCCUCCAAGACGAGGAAAUCCUUCAGCAUGAAGAUUGCCUCUUUUCGACGAUCCAACCAGCUACCCGCUCGAGCCCCGGUGGAUGCGGGUGCGGAUGCUUGUCCGUGUCCAAGAUCUCGUUUGAGUGUCAUUUACGCCUCGCGGUCGGAGAGCAGCCUCGUCGACCCACUCAACCCCGCCGAAAGCGAGGCCCAUGCGGACGCACUCUCACGGCCCCCACGACUUUCUUCACGGCCGGAUUUCCACGAGCGUCAUGGGGACGAAGCCAAGAAGAAAGAGGGGGCUGAAACGACGGUCUCCAAAGGGGAGGAUCUGCGUCUGCAGCUGCCACGCUUGCAGACUCAUGACUUGACCAUUCAACUGAACUUGGAGUCCCGAAGCAGCGACAAGGAAUCUCUUUGCCAAUCACCAAGCCAGCAGCAUCCCCAUCAGUCUUCUUCUCCUUCCUCUUGUGCUCCUCCUCCUCAUCGAGGACAACAGCCACGGCCACCGCCUGAGCGAUCAGAGAAGACUCGGUCGCCGACGAUGACUUCGUUCUGUGCGCCCGGCCCCACUCUGUCGGUGCAUCCUUGUCAUCGAAUGCCCGUGCAGAACCUGAGCAGCAGAAGACGGCCUGAACCGCCGGCUGUCAAUUUGCACCUCGUGCCCCCCGAGGAUGAGAAAAUCCUCGUGGCCAGUGAGAUCGUGGCCAGCGAAAAAGUCCGAUACUCGCAAGCGUUCAUCUCAACGGCCCAGGCUAGCAGUGUCCAACUGCCCCCAGAGCAGAUCUUCGAACUGGCCGCAACGCCGCCCUCGCCCACAUCCUCAAUUCCGUCGGUUUUCCCCCAGAGACCACCAUGUGUGUCGGUGCAUUUCCCUGGCGAAAUGCCCGAUCACCUGGUGACCUUGAUCAUGGAGCGCAUCGACUCGCUGGACGAUCUUUUCAACUUUGUGCUCGUGAACCGGCGGUUUUAUGAGAUCUUCAAGCGUCGAGAGCUCUUCUUUCUCAAGACAGCGCUCUUUCGCAUGUCACCGCCUGCGUGGGAGAUGCGGGAGAUGAGUCCGCCCUGGUCGAACGAGUGGCAGCUCUUGGUGAAUCCGGACACGCCGGUAGUCGAGUAUACUCCGAACUCGUAUCUGGACCGAUAUGCCAAUGACAUCUACACACUCGCGCAACUGAAGUCGAUGAUCUUGGUCCGCUGUGCGCCACUCCUACGCCGGGAGACGAUUAAAGGUUUGUCGGGGGUGGACAUGACCCGUGCGGAAGAGGUCGAUGAUGCCUUUUGGCGGAUCUGGACCUUCUGCCGCAUCUUUGGCAAUGGAAAGGGUCGGGAGAAUGAUCUGGAAGGACAGAUGGAUUGGCUAAAAGGCGGCACCAAGGCUCGCAACUCGUUUCGACCGUCCUCGACGGUGACCGGUCCAUUUGGUCUGGACGGGGUCCUGUUUGAGCCGCCCGAGGGAUUCGCCCGCGGAAACGGCGUGUCGGGUCUCUCUGCCCAACAGCUGUACGACAUCACGGAAAUUUGGACCUGUCUCGGUGUCUUGCUCCAGCCCUUGCACGGCCAGUGUGUGGAGGCGAGAAAGGCCGGGGUCUUUGACGGGAUGGACAUUGCGGAAGGGGAUGUGAGUCAGGAGGAAACGGCAUUGGAAGAAUGGACCUCGUUUAUCCUGACGCUGGGCCUCUCCGCCGUGCUGACUCUCAGCUCGCUGUGCCCUGCCGAGGCUUCCAGCGUCACCUUCAUCCGAGCUCAAUCUCACGGUCUCACGAAGUGGGAGCCGGCCUCAAAUGGGAUCAGCCGAUCCUGUUUCCUCAAAGAAGCUGUCUCACGGAUCUAUGAUGAGCAAGAGCGCAUGAAGACUUCGACAGGCCUCCAGGCGGGGGCAAAGGCGCAACCAGAAUCCCUCCACCGUCGGAGACUGUUCCAGGAAGAGCUUCGAACCGGCCGUCUGCGAGGACACGCACGGCACGAGAGUGACCCGGUUCGAACCUUUGCGGACGAGCGGCCGAUGUCUGAAUUCAGCACCAUUCUUCACAAACUCGACGGGACCGAGCCCAGAAGGAGCCCACUGGAAUUGGCAGUUCCAGCAAUCCCCUUGAGCCACGCUGCUUCUCUGGAUUAUCUUUAUGCACCACCAUCUGUCUCCAAGCCCCCGUUCCACAAUCUCGGCCAUGCCCGCUCGCGCUCUUUGACACCCGGAUCGACGAUGCCAUCGUCGCGGUGUCCACGUCUCCGGACUGGCUUCACACCGCCGGCGCCCCGUCCGUACGUUCAAGAUCCCGUUGACCGUGCGCUCAGCCGCAUGGUCGAUGACCUUGGCUUCAAUCCCGAGGAUGUCAAGUGGGCACUCAAAAUCACCGAUACCGGCGAAGGUCUGGACACCAACGCCGCCGAGAAACUGCUGCGGCAGCAAAAACGCAAGAACGAAAGAAACCCGUUUGCGACUAAGGGCAAGGAUGGUCUCCUCAAAUCUAUGAUGAAGCGAAAGGGGUCCCAUGAUUCUGGCUGGCGGUUUGCGUGA